AUGGCUUCUUACGGCGAGAAUGAUGACGCUGAAAAAGAGUAUUUGAUGGAGGAAUCAGAGGCAAAUCGUUUAUUGGAACGCCACAGUCAUAUGGACGUGUUCAAGAAAGUUCAAGAAGCUCAAGUUACUUUUGGAGAUAAAAGUAAGAAAGUACCGCAAAGGAUGUACUUACAACCAAUUGGUAGAAUACCCGAUUACCAAAACUUGCCCAACUCAAGGCAAUUUGAUUCUGAAAUCGUGGAACUAUAUAUUGAAAACGCAAAACUUCAUAAAGAUGCUGUUGAGCUCUGGGAAAAGCGGCAUGAAUAUGCAAUAAUAGAAGAUGAUUUCGGCCCAACACUUGAAAAAUUGUUAAAUAAUGGUGUUGACAUGUCGUUGAAUAAUCUGAAAAAUGCUAUUGCAAAAUAUGACCAAAAACCAAAAGAUGUAGACAUGCACGUUACAAAGAGUAAAGAAACAUUUCAAUAUUUCACGCAAAGAGGAGUUGGACGCGAUGAAGCACAAGCAUUUGCAUUGGCUAUCGCAUUUUAUACUGGUAAAUACGCUGCACCGAUGAGUAUGGCAGCAAAUAUCGUCGCUCGGCAAAGUAAACAUGGUGUCUUAAUGGCAUCAAAGGACAUAGCUGGUGUUGAUACUAAUGCAGCACUGAUUAUGUAUUAUCUAAUUAAAGGCUUAUCACAUAUCGAUUACUACUGGGGAAUAGUGCAUCGAUGUAUAGAACUCACGGAAGAAGAUCUCGCAGAUUAUAAGCCUGGUGAAAUUGUUACAUGGUUGCAAUUUAGUAGCGCUGACAAAAGAGAGAAAGGUUCAACUUGGUUUACCAAACGUAAUACAAUUAUGACCAUCUUUUCAUUGACUGGUCGAAGCAUAAGAUAUUUUUCAAAUUGUGAUAAGACAGAAGAUGAAGUUCUCUUUCUGCCACAUUCAUCAUUUUUAGUGUGUCACCUUGAUUUUGACGAAAAUCUUAAGAAAAAUCGUAUUUUUUUAAGACAAAUCGAACUAGGAUUGUGCAAAAACGUUGUCAUGUGGGUAGAUGAUAAUAUUUUUAAUCCGAACUGGGAAAAUAAAGAACAUAUGGAAAAAGCAAGCACACAAGGUACUCACGUGAACGUUCAUUUUAUACCAAAGUCGAGUACUGAAUUGGCUCUUGCCUUUCUUCGGUCACCAUUUGGGAAACGGUUGAAACUAAGUGAAACAUUUCGUUUUGUGACAGAUAUGAAGCGAACUAAUGAGAAUGAAUCCAACAACGCUGGUGCUCGGUUCGUUCAUGAAGCGCGUGCUCUUGGAUUCAAUCAAUCAUGUCUAAUAUUUACAAAAAAUGAAGCUGCAGCACAAGAAAAGCUUAAUAAAGUAUUCGCACGCCAGAAACAAACGGCAAUUAAGACAGGUUGCCGAAAUAUUGACCUAGAAAACUUUGUUACUUUCAAAUGA